GAAAGCCGGGGGGGAUGGGGCGAAGAGCGUGAGCACACAACGAGCGUGCGCCUGUACCAUUUUCAGGGUGGUGAGUGUGGAUUUUUUUCCGUUUCAAACCGCACAGUAGCGAAGCGUGGAUCUGGAAUUCAUUCGUGGGAUGACAGGCUGCGCAAAGCCCUUGAGGAGCAAGAGCAAGACCACCAAACCGCGAGUACUGUCCGUGCUAUCGCAUAUCACGGAGCCGGCGGCCGCGCCCAUUAUGAGACGGAAGCCCUUCCUUUUCACUUUGAAAGAAGUAGAAAGAAAAACUAUUUGUCUUGGACGGAACAGCCAGCUGCAGCUCUGAGUACUAGAAAUUAGCUAGUUUACUUGGGUAGAGAGAUAGUUCCAGUACGAAGUAGCCGGAUAAAUAAUUCUUGGGGUCGUGCUGGCUCCUGCGAACGAGUGGUUGAGGGCACCGGAGCCGGCUGUAGAUGAGUCCGGUGGCGAGUGAGAAGUUUGACCGUGUCAGGUGGUUGGCCCAGGACCUUGGCCCCACUCAGCGACUUUUCGCUUCACAUGUUUUCCGAAACUUGAGUGCCCCGCCGGCUCAUCUCUCGCGAACUUCUGCCACGCUCGCCAACUUCUGCCACACUCGCCAGCUCCUGCCACGCUCGCCAGCUCCUGCCACCCUCGCCAACUUCUGCCACCCUCGCCAACUUCUGCCACCCUCGCCAGCCUCUGCCACCCUCGCCAACUAUUGCCGGAUGCCUUCAGGCUACUGCCGUGCUCUGCAGUCAUUCUCGCUUGCGUGACAGACUUGGGCCACCAGCUUAGCGGAAUACCAGAAAAAGCGACACAGUAGCUACUUACCGCGCCCCAGAUGCCGCCAAAAAAGUAAGCCUUAAAUAUUGCAUGUCGUGCCAGUGCCUAUAUCUUUGCAGGCCCAGAGAGCGCGCCCUGCAUGGGCCCGCAUCGCUGGGCAUAGGUUAGAAGCAACGAGACAGACAAGACAAACGAAGCAAGCCAGUAAGCCAAGCUAGCCGCGACGCGCAGCCGGCUCCGAAUGGACCAGCAAGCACUGGCGCUGGCAAUGGCUAGGCUUGGCCAGCAGGCUGGCUAUGGCUAAGCUAGCAAGCUGGGGCGGGUGGCUAUGGCUAGGCUUACGGGCUGUCUGUGGCUAAGCUAGCAAGCUAGCAAUGGCUAAGCAGCUAGAAAGCUAGCUACGGCGAAGCAUGGCAGCCAGCUAGCAAGCUAGCGAUGGCCAAGCAGGGGCUAGCGAGGUAGCAACGGCUACGCAGCUAGUAGCGUGCUAGCGAUGGCCACGCGGCUAGGAAGCUAGCUAUGGCGAAGCAGCUAGCAAGCCCACCAUGGCCAGCCUCGCAAACUAUAUGCGGCGAAGCUAGCGAUCUUAUUUCUAGCUAAGCUGCGAGCAGGCUGGCCCUGGCUAAGCAGCUAGCAAGCUCGCCCCCGCGGCUAAGCUAGCAAGCUAAGGCCUUUAGCUGGUGGCUCUUCAGUAAGUGCUUAGGAUUAGGAUGAGCCAAAUUCUAUUACAAGGGCCUCCUUAAGGAGCUCCCAGAAGGGCCACUUUUUGCCCUUAAGGGAGGCCUAAGCCUAUAGGCGAUCUCUAUAAUAAAAGUAAAAAGAAACUCCUUCAGGGGCGCCAUUUCCUUGGGAAAGCUCCUUGAGGCGGUCUCCUUUUUUUAACGUAAGCAAGCUUUUAAAGCUUGCUUGCCUGCGUUAUAAGUGUUAAUAUCAUAAUGGGAGUGCGUUGCCGUUAGCGUUUUAUUUACUUCUUUGCGGAAAAUGGUUUUGAAAGUGAAGGGCGAAGGGCUUUGCUCGAUAGCCCGGACAGAGCUACGACGCAGCCAAGAAAGACUGCUGCCUCAGCUUCCUUCCGGUGUCGGCAAUCUGGUGGCCAAUCUCAUCUAAGGCUGCUGCUAGGGAUUCAUCCGCAAGGAUAUCCGGGGAAGAAACCCUCGGUACAGAGAUGAAGAGGGUGCACCAGGGCGCUCAUCUGCACGGUGGUGAGACCCUCGGUGAAGAGAUGAAAAGGCGCACCUCCAGGGCGCUCAUCUCCACGAUGGUGGGGCCCUCUGUGUAUGUGAAGAGAUGAGAAGGCGCACCAGGGCGCUCAUCUUCAUGAUGGUGAGGCCCUCUGGGAAUAGAUGAAAAGGGGCACCAGUGCGCUCGUCUUCGUGAUGGUGAGGCUCUCUGUGAAGAGAUGAAAAGGCGCACCAGGGCGCUCAUCUUCACGAGGGUGAGGCCCUCCAUGAAGAGAUGAAAAGCCGCCCCUGAAUACUCAUCUCGAACACAGGGGGAGGGCUAUAAUUGUAUCCGGCACCGCCACCGGCUCCGACCCAGUGCCGGCGGCCCAUCUAAGUUUACCAGACGGUGCAGUUGCUGACUGUGAGAUCGAGAGCAAGCACUACACGAGAGUGGACGGCGAGAGCAAGACCAGUUUCCAUGUAGCUGGUUGCGUCCCGUACUUAAGGCUAGCUGGCAGUCACUAUCUGGCGCGCGGCAUUCCUCCGGAGGAAGGUCCCCUUUAUAAUGUAAAUGGGGAACUAAGCAUAAACGGGGCAACUCAACCAGCCACCGAUAGUGGUUGCCUAGCGUUAGAAGACGCUUCGGCAGAUAUGGAACGCGUACUAUUAAGGAAAGCGCCCCUCCUUCUGGCUCUGCUCGGUUUUCAUUGCUUUUUUAGAUGGGAGAGAAAGUCGAGGAGGCAUAAGAAACUGAUGCAAGAGAAUUCACUCGCCAAGGCAGGACCUCGCCAAGGCAGGCGAAUUCGCUCGACAAGGUCCUGCACUGUGUGGCCGGAGUCCGGGAGACUAUGUAGCUUCUGUAGGAAGAUUUGGCUGCCUCGCUCUAAUACUCGGCCCCCAACGAAAUACGGCGAUCGCGAUCGCGCGUGGAGUCUACUGGGCUAGACUCGCUCCAGCAUGUGCGAACGCCUUGCAGCAGCAAGCGUGCACACGGGCAAAGGGCUGUAGAUGGAUUGGAGAGUAUGCAGUGAUCCCUUGCGCGAGGGAUGUGUAGCGAGACAUAUUCAACAGGCAGUAUUUUCAAGAACUGCGUGUGAGUUAGAGUCAGCGCCGCCAUGGAUCAUAUUUCCAAGAAAUAGAGCCAAGAUCUUUAACCACUACGACAGUUGCGGUUGCAGUCUCUGCUUUGACUUAAGCCGCAAGAGCAUAAGCCCUGACCUGACAAGAAGAAGAAUACUUUUGAAAAAGUUUUUCCGAUGAACAAGACAGGCAAACAGGCUUCGCCUCAUCUUCUCCCCCUGGCCAGCGGACCGUGCAAAAAUGAACCCAAUCAAAUCUACUCUCUCUGCCUGAGAGAAGAAGACCCUGUCACGAACGUGUACGCCCCGAAAUUUUGAGAGAUGCAAAGGCCACGCUAUCGCCCGGGGGAAAGG